AGCCAGCUUGAAGCCGAGCUCCAGCCGGAAUUUGUUUUUUUAUCGCCGGCGUUGCGGCGAUUUUGCAAACAGAGCUUCGUGGCCCAUUCGUGGAGGAGGUAGUGCCGCGGCGUCAGUCACGAUGGUUCGCGGCUUCUUAGCCGUGCUUCUAUGCGCCAGCCUUGUGCUAGGCGAUGAACAGAAAAAGCCCACGGACACCGUGAUCACCCAUGUCCGCGUCGAGAGCUGUGGCGGAUGACGACUGAAUGCCUAUCCUGAGGUGAAACGGUUUGUCUACGAGGACAUUCCCGAGUAUCCCAACGCGGAGUUCAAAGUGAUCCAUGGAGCCAAGCCCGAGAUACUCUUUUUGAACGCCGCAGGCGAGGAAGUUGAGCGUCUGAGCCUGGAGCAGCGGAGCCGCGAUGAGUGCAAUCAGCUGCUGACAGAGCGUGGCUUCGUCAGGAAAGAGAAGGAGCCAGAAGAAGAGGAGGAGGAAGAGGACCUUGGAAUCAAGGGCGAGCUCUAGACGCGACCACAGAACGCACAGCUCAACACGCGCAAUCGACCAUCCAUUCACAUUGUGCCUGCUAUACAGCCACUCAGUGCAACGUGCAUUUUUCUCACGCUGUCAAAACAUUGGGAGGUGGAUAUGCAUUGAAUAGGAAGUACAAUUAAAGUGAAAAUCUCAUUAAGUGAAGGUAAGGCUUGUUACCGUGCUUGCCACGGGUGUACGUAUAAACUGUCGCGACGAAUUCGGUUUCAUACUAUACGCUUGUAGAGAUUUGCACUUAGCCAUUUUCUUGGUUAUUGGCUACAAUAAAUGCACUGCUUUAGCAAUCUGCACUUCGCAGAUUGUGCUUUAGGACUAAUUUGCGUGAAGUAUCCUAAAAAUUAAUUUUCGCUGGUAUUGCAGUAAUGAUCACCAUUUGCUUGUAGUGGCAUAAAUCCUUCCUCAGUUGAAAGGAAAAGAAAAAAUUCAAAUCUGGGCCUCGUUUAACUGUGAGGGAGCCACUGCGAAUUAUACUGCUAGGUUGUAUUGCAAGCACAAUUUUUGCAUUCCUGCUGUUGAGACUAGUUUUGUUCUGCUGACUGUCAAGUGUCCAUUAUUUUUUGCUACUUUCACCACCCAGCGAAAGGCUUCUUUGUGACCAUUAAUUGGGUUGCCUAAAUGAAGUUGCUGUCGGAAAUUUCCCAAAAAACGGCAGCGGCGGAUGUACUGCAUCUGGUUUCUGGUUGUACUGGAGUUCUGGCUGGUUUCGGUGAUGUACAUAAAUAAACAUAUAAUUUACAA